GAUUUGAGAAGAGAGAUAAACAUGAAUCUAUUUGCUCUAUUCUGUAUGCAGCCCUCCUGAAUGGCCAGUACCAUUGAAUGAGGACACGGUGAUUCACCUCUUAUGUGACUCCCGGUCUGAUCAACAUUUUCUGUUAUUUGGAAGAUACUUAUGAUCUUGGCAUCUCCACAAUGGAUUUCUUCACCCUUGAUAAACAAAGAUUUGCCAAUGGAAAGGAGUGCAUCUUCAAACUGACUGCCUUCUUUAGCAGCCUAUCAGCUUUCGUGUUCGAAAUAGUCAUUGCAAACAGCCAAAGCUGGCGCCUCUGGGGAUUCGAUGAUAACAUUGUGAAGUUUGUGUCCUUUGGACUCUGGGAAGCUCAUUACUCUCAAGAGUUUAAUGUCUCAGGGACCAUAACCAAGAUGCUGGUGCACACUCCUAUUGAUUCCACCUGGAGCAUUUCACCUGAAUUUCUAUAUGCUCAGAAUCUGAUGGUUGGGACCAUUUUGAUGAAUCCUAUAGUACUGGUUUGCAGUGCAAUGGCCAUUAAGAUCAGCUACAUGAAACACCCAUAUGUUGAGCUUCAGAUAUAUUGCUACAAGGUCUGUGCCUUAGUUUUGUGUGUUAGUGGCCUCUUCACAUUUGUUUCUGUGAGCUGGAACCACAUGGUAGAUCUGUAUGGCCAAACCACUCUUGACUUUCCACCUGACUUUCCUGUUAAAAAAGAAGCCUUGAUAAACAAAUACUUUACUGUUGUGUUCCCAUUUGGGGUCCUGACAGCUACCAUGUCACUCUUUGGUGUGAUCAACUAUCUCUCUGAGAUAAGCAAUUUGAAACUACAGAGUCAGUUGAAGGCCAAGUGUGCUUCCAAAUUUACCAAACAAGAGGUCUGAAGUGAGGGCUCCUGCAUUUGCAACAUCUGUCAGAAUGUUCCUUGAAGGAAUUUCAUAUUUACACACAAAACACAUGUAGUCAUCAACUCAUUCUGAAUAAAG